AUGUCCGAGGCCGAUAGCAGCACCUGCGACUGGGAGAACCCGCGCAUCUUCCAGCGAAACAAACUCCCCCCUCGCGCAUACUUUCUUCCAGAAACAACACUGUCGCUGAACGGCCGAUGGGACUUCAAUUACGCAUUGUCACCCUUAUUGGCCCCGGAAGUUUCCAAUGACAAGAAGAGCGACACCCCGUCUGAACCGGUGCAGUGGACAACUAUUUCGGUUCCUGGUCAUUGGCAGCUACAAGGCCAUGGAAGUCCCAACUAUACAAAUACCAUCUUUCCAUUUCCUUGUGACCCACCUCGUGUCCCUAGCCAAAACCCGACAGGUACAUAUCGGAGGUCUUUCGACGUGCCACCUGAUUGGGAUUCAUCCGCGCAACUGCGGCUCCGAUUCGACGGGGUAGACUGCGCCUACCAUCUCUGGGUGAACGGACACGAAGUCGGAUAUGCACAGGGUAGUCGUAAUCCAGCUGAAUUUGACAUAUCGCAGUUCGUUGAUCGGAAGGCUAAAAAUGAUCUUGUCGUGCGUGUCUACCAGUGGUCAGAUGGAUCGUACAUCGAGGAUCAAGACCAGUGGUGGCUUUCGGGAAUUUUCCGCGAUGUUAACCUACUUGCAUUUCCUUCCGUUGCACGGAUUGAAGACUUCUUCGCGAAAACCGAAUUCGACGAAUCCUACGAGGACGCUGUUCUGAAAAUCACAGUCCGUCUUACAACUAGCAAGCCCGUGGUCUUGGAAGCUACACUUAGCGAUCGAAAAGGGUCACAUGGAACCAUCGGCUCUGCAAGCGUGUCACAAGUCGAGAAUGGGGAUGCAAUCUUGGACAUUCCGGUGAAGCGCCCCGAGAAAUGGACCGCAGAGACACCAUAUCUUUACGAUCUCACCAUUAGUCUACAAACUUCACCGGAUAGUACAACUGUUCAGAAAAUACACCAUCGUGUUGGAUUCCGCCAGGUCGAAAUAAAGAAAGGGAAUAUCACCGUCAACGGCAAGGCGAUCCUCUUCCGCGGUGCCAACCGCCAUGACCACCAUCCCCAGUUCGGUCGUGCUGUUCCCUUGUCAUUCCUUCGUGAAGAUCUCCUUAUCAUGAAACGUCAUAAUCUCAACUCUUUGCGAUGCUGUCAUUAUCCAUCGCACCCUCGGUUAUACGAGCUUUGUGACGAGCUUGGGCUAUGGGUCAUGGACGAAGCAGAUUUGGAAUGCCACGGGUUUUACGAUGCGGUCGCACGACCUCUCGAUAUUCCAGAAUCAAUGGACUACGAAGAGCGCAAGAAGCUGACUUUUGAGAAAGCCGCUCAAUAUACUAGCAACAACCCCGAGUGGAAGGAUGCUUAUUUGGAUCGUGCUAUUCAGAUGGUCCAGCGUGACAAAAACCAUCCUUGUAUCGUGAUUUGGUCUCUCGGAAACGAGGCAUUCUACGGCCAGAAUCAUCAAGCUAUGCAUGAUUAUAUCAAGUCUAUCGAUCCGAGCAGACCGAUUCACUACGAGGGUGACCCGGAGGCACAGUCCGCCGACAUGUUCUCUUACAUGUACCCCUCUGUCAAACGAAUUGAAAAAUUGGCUGUCGCAGAGGGUGAUGAUUUCAAGAAGCCAAUCGUACUCUGCGAGUAUGGCCACGCGAUGGGAAAUGCACCAGGUGCAUUGGAAGAGUAUAUGGAAGCUUUUCGAACCCAUCGACGACUGCAAGGCGGAUGGAUCUGGGAAUGGGCAAACCAUGGUCUCUGGGAUGAAGAAAGAGGUUUCUACGGGUAUGGUGGUGACUUUGACGAUUACCCCAAUGAUGGUAUUUUUGUUAUGGAUGGGCUAUGUUUCAGCAACCAUACCCCGACUCCUGGUCUCAUUGAGCUACAAAAGGCCUACUCGCCGGUCCACGCCUCUUACGCCAACGGGUCAAUCUCCAUUGAAAAUAGAUACGACUUUACGGAACUAGAGCAUCUCCAGGCCUUAUAUCGCAUUGAAUCACUCGGGGAAGAGACAACCAUUAUAUCCACCGGUAGUUUCAAAGUUCCUUCCGUGAAGGCUGGACAGAGUGCGAGCAUCGAGUUUGCUCAGGAUCUACCGAGUCUUCCCGAAGGUGAAAUUUGGGUCACUGUCAGCUUUCAGAACAUCCAAUCUACUGCCUGGGCCCCAAGUGGCCACGAAGUUGCUUGGUUUCAAUACCCUCUCAAAAUUUCUUCGAUCAGCCCUUCUCUUUCUCCUCGGUUCCCUGUUCAGAUUAGCUCCAACCGUUCAAGCUACACCGUGACAGGGUCGGACUUUGAUAUCUCCUUUUCACGCUCCACUGGUGGCUUGACAAGCUGGACCUCUAAGGGGCACCAGCUUCUGGAUCCUGAUCUCAAAACAGCCACUGCAUUAGCUCCAGGCUUUUGGCGACCUCCAACCGACAAUGAUACUAUGUCAUCAGAUCUCCAAGAAAGGAAAAGAUACGGACUGGAUGACAUGAGAGUCCAGCUCAGAAGCACCAAUGCUUCUCAAGUUGAGGGCGACUCUGUGAAAAUUUUGACGGAAACCUGGGUCGGUCCACCUGUUCUUGCAUGGGGCUUCCAAGUGACAACCACCUACACUGUUACUGGAGAUGGAAAACUUUCUGUGUCCUCCCAUGUGAAACCUCAAGGAUCUCUCCCCUCAGAUCUUCCACGACUGGGCUUGGACUUGCGUCUCGCUGACGAAUUGGACAACGCCAAAUGGUUUGGUCUAGGACCGGGGGAAUCAUAUCCUGACAAGAAACGAUCUCAGAAACUCGGAAUCUACAAGGCCAGCACUGAACAGCUUCAGACGCCAUAUGAAGUUCCCCAGGAGGGUGGAAACCGGUCCGAGACCCGUUGGUUGCAGCUGAGCGAUAAUCGUGGCUGGGGCAUCAAGAUUUUCAGAGAUUCCGUACAUACAGACAAGGACCCUACAAUCCAUUUCCACUGGAACGCAUCUCGUUAUAGUGCGAAGCAGAUUGAAUCAGCAAGGCACCCAUGUGAUCUUGUUCCUGGAAAGACGGUCCAUGUGCGACUUGACGCUGAAUGUAGCGGAGUGGGAACUGGUGCUUGUGGGCCAACUACCCUGGACAAGUAUCUUGUCGCUUGUGAAGAGAGGAAGUUUAAAUUUACUCUGGUACCUUGUUUUAGCGACGGUUUUUGA